GGAAAUUAAGUUAACUUUUUAGUCCACCCAUGGCAACAAACCCGUUUCUUCUCCUUUUCUCUCUCUCUUCUUUAUUCAACACCACGCCUCUCUCCCUGUCCCUCUUUCUUCGAUAAAUUUUUAGUCCGAAUUGCGACUGUUUGCUCAAAUCGAAUUUGGAUUCACAGAGUUCUUCUAUACAGAAAAAAAGAAAUCCUAGUUGAAGAACAGAGAUAAUUUGAUGCUUUGAUUUCGUUAGACUAUCGCUUGCCUCUUUCUCUUCAAAUUAGGCCAAAACAAAGAUGGAUCAUCGUCUGUGGGUGUAUGAUAUGGAUUAUGAAAAUGUUGGUGGUUUAAAACCCCAAUAUCUUGAUGGCGUUAGAGGUUUUAUCGAUCAUGCGAUGUCACUAGAUUUAUUUCAAAAAAAUGGAGUGGUUAGGUGUCCUUGCACUUCAUGUAGGUGCUUGAAGUUUUUUCAACUAGAUAUAGUUAUGAUUCAUCUAUAUCGUAAUGGAUUUAAGUCAAGAUACUUUGUGUGGGUCAAUCACGGAGAAAGAGAUGGUUCGAAUGGUAUAUUUUAUAAUUAGUUGCCUGUGAAUGAAUAUGACAUGCUUGUACACGAUCGACAUGCUAGGAUUCAACAUGCUAGAGUUCACCAUAGGGUGCAACAUGAUAGGGUACAACACGAGGAUAGGAUUCAUGAAAUGGUCAAUGAUACUUUUGGUAUUGGGGAUGGGAUGGAACCCGAACAGAAUUUAGAAGAAGAUCCCAUUAAAGAAGCAAGAGGUUUUUAUAAACAAUUAGAAGAGGCCAGUCACCCACUAUGUGAAGGGAGUCUGGAUUCUACUUUAACUGUUGCAGUUAGAUUACUGAGUAUCAAAUCUGAUUGGAAAGUUUCUCAAGAUGCUAUGGACUCUAUGAUUAGUCUUUUGGGUGAACUAGAAAAUCCAGAGUUGAACAUACCCCAGAUUUUUUAUCAAGCAAAGAAAUUGGUUUCCAAGUUAGGAUUGUCAUAUAAUAGAAUCCAUAUGUUGUUCAAUAAGAAUGAUGUUGAAUUAGAAAAUUGUAAGUUUUAUGAACAUGCUCGUUAUAAGUGGACUCCCGGUGGAAAGAUGAUUUCAAUUAAGGUGCUGCACUAUUUACCUCUUAUACCUAGGCUAAAGAGGUUGUAUGCUUUGAUGAGUUCUGCUCCACACAUAAAAUGGCACUAUGAAAAUAGAAGGCCAUCAGGUGUCUUGUCUCAUCCGUUAGAUAGAGAAGCUUGGAAAUACUUUGAUAGAACUUAUCCUGAUUUUGCUAGUGAAUCAAGAAAUGUUAGAUUGGGGUUAUGUGCAUAUGAUUUCACACCAUUCUCAAAUUCUGGCACACCUUAUUCUUGUUGGCCUGUAUUUAUUACUUCAUAUAAUCUUCUACCUGAAAUGUGCAUGACAAGUCCUGACAUAUUUCUAAGUUGUAUUAUUCCAGGUCCCCGCAAUCCAAAAUGUUUGAUCGAUGUAUAUCUCCAACCAUUGAUAGAUGAAUUACUACAAUUAUGGCAUGAAGGUGUAGUGACAUAUGAUAUAUCAACUAAGCAGAAUUUUAUUAUGCGUACCAAUUUAAUGUGGACUAUUAACGAUUUUCUUGGAUAUGAGAUAUUGUCUGGUUAGAUGACUGCUGGAAAGUUAGCUUGCCUAUAUUGCAUGGAAAAUAGUAAAGCAUUCAUUUUAAAGUAUGAUCGAAAAAAUUCCUGAUUUGAUUGUCACCGUCAGUUCUUACCACGAGUUUAGAAGGAUGAAAAAUGCGUUCUGAAAGAAUAAGAUUGAGAUUGAGAAUGAUCCAUCACCUCCGUUACUAGCAGGACAUCAAAUUUAGGAGAGAGUUUGUAAUUUUCCUAAAGUUACAGAUAGUUCACCUUCUAAACUUCCUGGAUAUGGUGUUGUACAUAAUUGGACCAAACAAGGCAUAUUUUGGGAGUUGCCGUAUUGGGGGACUGUAAACUACGACAUAAUUUUGAAUCUAUGCACAUGAAAAAAAAUUAUUUUGAUAAUUUAUUCAACACAGUCAUGGAUGUUAAGGGCAAGACAAAAGAUAAUUUAAAAGCUAGAAUGGAUAUAAAAGAGCAUUACAAGAGAAAGGAAUUGUGGUUGAAGGAAAAAAGAAAAUGAUAAAUUGUUUAAGCCCAAGGACAGUUUUUCAUUCACAUUAGAUGAGAAACGAGAAAUAUGUGAGUGGGUUAAGAAUUUGAGGAUGUUCGAAGGAUAUGCUUCAAAUUUAGAAAAACGAGCGGAUAUGGAAGAAGGAAAGUUGAUUGGUAUGAAAAGCCAUGAUUGUCACGUUUUUAUGAAAACCUUGAUUCCUAUCGCAUUUAGCCACCUUCCUGAGAGGAUAUGGAAAUCAAUCACAGAGAUAAGUUUGUUCUUCAAUGAUUUGUAUUCGAAAAAGUUGUUGGAGAGUAGCUUGAACAUAAUAGAGCAGAAUAUUCCUGUCAUCACUACUAAGUUGGAGAAGAUCUUUCCAUGUGACUUUUUUGAUGUGAUGGAGCAUCUUCCAAUUCACCUCAUUGAAGAGGCACAUCUUGGAGGUCUUAGUUCAAAUGAGGUGGAUGUAUCCAGGAGAGGUAAAUUUUUUUAAACUAGUGUCAGCAUUUUCUUAAAAAAAUUACUUUUAUCUCCUUAAGAUAAAAUUUUGCAGGAAAAUUGGCUAGUGCAAACAAACUAUUAAGCAAAGGGGAAAGAUUAAAGGUUCAAUUUGUGAAGCUUAUAUUGCAAAUAAAACUGCUUAUUUUUGUUCGUUCUACUUUGGGGAUGAAGUGCCAUGUAAAAGAAAUAGGUCCAAUCAUAAUGAUGAAGGUGAUGGUGAUCCUAUGUUUCCAUCUAUAUUGAUUUUUAACAAUUCGGGUAAGGGAUCGAAAAGUUAUUGUACGCGAGCCCUCACUGGUAUGGAAAGAAAAUCUAUUGUCACACAUGUUUUGCUCAAUUGUUCAGAAAUUCAACCAUAUCUUGAUUUAUUUAUUGGGAGGGAAAACCACGGAAAACACGACUUAUUUGAAUAACCCGGUGACCUAUCAAUUGUAGAAGUAGGAUUUUUGGCAAGCAAUAAGCACUUAAAUAAUACAAUUCAAGUGUACCAUCUUCUUUCUUAUUUCGAGAAAAAGGUGUGGAAAUGGGAUAAUGAUGCCAUAUAUAUGAGGUUUUUCGAUUGGCUGCAAGAAUAUGUUUUGGAUGAACAUAGUACCGCCGAAUAUUUGCCAUUGGUGAGAGAAUUAUAUUUGGUCCUGCAACUCAAAUUCGGAUAAUGAAUAAAUAUUGUGUGAACGGUUUCAAGUUUCAAAUCGGGAAAGUUUCCAAGUAUAAGAAAACUAAUAACAGUGGCGUGCGUGUUGAAGGUGAUGUCGACGGUAAUGGUCAAAUCGUUGAAUUUUUGGAUGUCAUAUAAGAGAUAUUAGAAGUCAAGUAUCUGGUUGGCCAAAAAAAAGAUAAUUCUAUUUCGGUGCAAGUGGUUUGAUCCAUCACAUAGAGGUACCAAGGUGAAUCAACAACAUAAUAUAAUUGAAGUUAAGCACAUGAGGAAAUAUAAUCGCUAUGAUCUCUUUAUCAUUGUACAAAAUGCCAGACAGGUAUAUUAUGCUACAUAUUCAUUGCGCAAAGAUAAAACUAAUUGGUGGGUGGUUAUAAAUACUAAGCCUGUGGGGAGAAUUGAGAUUGAGAAUAUGUCAGAUGUGGACUACCAGAAUGGAGUCGCAGUUGUUGAUCAAAUAGUGAAUGAUGAGUUGAAAAAUAAUCUCGAACAUCCUCAAUGCAUAUUAGAAGAAAUUUUUGAUGAUGAGAUUAUUGACAUUGAAAAUACUGCGGAAGAAAUAGACGAGGGAAAUAAAUUAUUCUGGGAGGAUGAAUGAAACCAUGAAAAUGAAACAAUGGAUGAUGAAGAAUGGGAGAGUGAUGGAAAUGAAACAAGCAAUGAGGAAGAUUGAGAGAAUAUCGAUUAGCUUGUUAGUUUUUUUACUACCAAUACUUAUUUGUUCAUACUUAUGAUUUUUUUUGUAUUCUAAUGAUGUAACUAAGAACAGGGUUCUUGCUAAUUUGAUUGCUGUUUAAGUUUAUAUUGUUAAUUGUUGAACUUUGAUAAUAAUUAUUCUUGAUAAAAAUAUUUGUUAUUUA